AUGCUAGGCAGCCACGGCACUGCUCCAUUGCAUACCGCUACAUUUCUGGAUCAUGCUACCCGCGACGACAAGGCUGUGGCUCACGAACGCCGCCUAGCACUAGCUCUCGACAUCGAUCAAGCAGCUCGGAUCCUGCUACAGAAUCCCGCUGUGGAAGAGAAGGACGUCAACGCAAAACCCGAACACAGUCCGUUUGUAUGGAAAAACAGCGUGUGGACCCGAGAUGCGGGAUCUUGGUAUAUCGCGUUCAAAUCUCGCGGGCUACUCGAAAGCGACAAAGCGAUUCCUACCGUCCCUUUCCGGGUUCUUGACGCCCCUAAUCUCAAAGACGACUAUUACUGCUCCAUGCUCGCCUACAGUCGAACCUGUCACUCGUUAGCUGUCGCCCUAGGUCAAAAAGUCUAUCUCUGGACUGAACAGUAUGGUGUGCGUUCUCCUCCGCUGCCUCCAAGCCGACCAACGAAUUUUGUGACUUCUUUAGCUUUCUCGUCUGAGAAGGGAGGCAAGGCGAUCUUAGCCGUCGCCAAGAACAGCGGAACCGUCACAUUAUGGAGUUUGCUGGAGAUAAGACCUCGCUUCGAUGCUCCUCACCCUUGUGCAGCAUCCUGCGUGUCAUUUAAACCUGUUGAGACGCAGCGACGAUCUGUUACGGGAAAUGAUAUGGCCAUGUGUGAAGAUUUGCUUGUCGGAGACGACUCUGGCAUGAUCUACUAUUAUUCGCUAGAGUGGCCAGAGUUUGCUCCCGGGUCCAUGACACUACUGGCCAAACUCGACGCCCAUACCCAGAACAUUUGUGGUCUCGCGUGGUCUCUGGAUGGCAUGCAGUUUGUCUCUGGUGGCAAUGAUAAUCGGGCUCUCCUUUUCGAUCCAUCAGACUUUCUCCAUGCAGAUUAUCAGAGACAUGUUUCCCAGAAUGUCCUGGACCAAGCGUUAGCUAUGUUUAAUGAUCUGGGCCUUCCCACGCCCCCGGUUUCGCCAGAGAGAUACCGAUUGGCAAGCUACCGAGAAUUCUCGAACUUCAACAGAGGAUCAGCCAACAACAUGCAGAAUUUUGGCAUGGACACACCACCUCGGACUCCUCCGGGCCGGGGAAGGGCAGGCGGUCGUUCUCCUUCCACAGCCUCCUUUCAGACGCCUGGUUAUUCCGAUGCGUCGAUCCUUCGCAAUGCACUUGUGGACCCUAGCAUCCCAGGACAGGCUAAUGCCCAUGUUCAUCCUUUCUAUCACACCGCAGCUGUGAAGGCUAUUGCAUUUGCUCCGUGGCAGCCGAAUCUGCUUGCGACUGGGGGCGGAAGCAAUGAUCGCCAGAUACACUUCUGGCACACAGGAUCAGGAGCGGCUUUAGCCCGGAUCAAUGUCUUCUCGCAAGUCACGAGUCUGAUAGUCGCGACGUUCGGAUACUCGCAACCUGAGCAUGAAAUCAGAAUAGCCGUUUUCAGUUGGCCAACCUGUGAAUGUGUGGUUAGCAUUCCCUGGGAAAGGAAGCAGAACGGCGAAAUCGGUCGAGCGCUGUGGGCGAUACCUUACCCAGGCGGACCCAAUGAUCCCAUACCACCUCGAACACAGAAUGGGAGGGUUAACAGGGGAUUUGCCUCAUGGGAAGCGGUUCAAGAAACGGGGGCGGAGCGAAGAAGAACUGCAACUGUGGCAGUGGAGACGGCUGGUCCUCGAAACCGUCGCGGCCUCGCACCUAGCCCUGAGCGAAUCACUGUACCUACGAUACCCAGAAGACGGCCGGUACAGAACGGUGGAAGACGAUUAGGGGACAGUUAUGGUGGAAAUCCUCGACGCGGCGAGUUACCAGCAAGCCGGACAGAAGAAGAAGGCAGUCUCAUUAUCGCAUGCUGUGAUCAAACGGUCAAGUUCUUUGAGAUCUGGGCGGGAAGAAGUCAGGGAAGGAAAGUGCGUGGGUUGGGCCGCCGGCAGGGUGUCCUGGGCGGGAGUCGAGUGCUGGAAGGAUGGUGUGAGGGCCUCGGUGUGGAUGAGAUUGGAUUUGGGGAGGAUGUUAUUCGGUAG